GCUAGCGCUCCUCGCUCCUCCCUUCAUCGACCACCGACACCAAGGGCAUCAAUCAGCGCGAGCUCCUCACCUCCGGCCGGCUUCUGUCCUACUCCCCUGUCCACGAUGCCCCGAGGCGGGAGCGCGCGAGGGUGCUGCGGGGGAUUAUGUGGGCUCCCCUUCACCGUUGGCCUCGUCGUGCUCAUCUACUGGGCCAUCUUCCAGCCCCACCACAUCCGCGCCACCGUCGACUCCGCCACCCUCUCCAACCUCACUGUCUCCCACGCCUCCUCACCAGAGGCAGCGGUCUCCUACGACCUCACCGUCAGCCUCCGGCUCCACAACCCCAGCGUCCGCGUCGACAUCUACUACGACGCCAUCAGCGCCGAGCUCCGCUUCCGCGACGCCGUCCUUGGCGCGGCCGCCAACGACACCUCCCCGUCCGUGUUCUUCCAGCGCAGGAAGACCAGCGAGGUCGUGAAGAUGGAGUUCGACUACGGGGGGCCGGGAGGCGGCGUCACCGUCGCCCGCGACGUCGCCGGGGACCUGGCGAAGGAGACCGCCGUGAGCUUGGAGCUGGACGUGCACGUGCGCGUGAGGUACGUGUUCAAGAUGUUCAAGCUGCGGCAGAAGCCGAGGAUACGCUGCUCGAUCAGCAUUCCGGUCAAGACGGAGGGCCGGCACCGUGGCUUCGGCGGCACCGUUGCUGCCUCCGGCGACCGGUGCAGUGUCAAGUACUGACAGUGAUGAUCAAGAGUGUGCUUGGGAGCUUUUCUGUUUGGAGACUAACUACUUUGGUGUGUUCCAUCUAAUUCAUGUAAACGUUUGCUAUUAAUUGUUGGGUUAUUGGUACAAAAUAUUUCCUUUAAGGCAUGUUUGAUUGAGGCCUUGUUC